GUGUUAAAAAUUUAUCAGAAAAUUCAAACCAAAAUGUCGCCUUUAACAAAAAUAAUUUGCACACCCCGAUAUUUCUUACAUUUUAUGGUCCUGUUAAUAUUAAAUUCCCCCUCCACAAAGGCGGUUCAUCGUUACGAUCAGUCUUCCUCAUUGGAUACCAGUAAUCCCUAUUAUCGCACCUCUAGUUCGGGUGAAGUUUUUGGCUCCUCUUCUUCUCUACCCAGUGAUGCCUUUCCUCAUCACAAUCGCUGUGAAGCCAUAACAAUUUCUAUCUGUAAAAAUAUUCCCUACAAUAUGACCAUUAUGCCCAAUCUAAUAGGUCAUACUAAACAGGAAGAAGCCGGUUUAGAGGUUCAUCAAUUUGCUCCUCUAGUCAAAAUUGGCUGCUCACCCGAUUUACAAUUAUUCCUAUGCUCUCUAUAUGUUCCCGUUUGUACGAUACUUGAACAACCCAUACCACCUUGUCGUUCGUUAUGUGAAUCGGCUCGUGUUUGUGAGACUCUUAUGAAAACUUAUAACUUUAAUUGGCCCGAAAAUUUAGAAUGUUCAAAAUUUCCUGUACAUGGUGGAGAGGCUUUAUGUGUAGCGGAGAAUACUACUUCUUCAACGCCUUCUCCUACACGUAUGGUGCCUAAGGUUACGACACGUAAAAAUUAUGCUGGUCUUGAUAGUCCUCAUCGUGAUAUCGGUUUCGUGUGUCCCGUACAAUUGAAAACACCACAGGGUAUGGGUUAUGAGCUGAAAGUUGGUGGAAAGGUAAGUGUGAUUCUGAGUGAAUUCUUAUUGGAUUAUAGAAAUAAAGUGUUCCUUUUGCCGACGGUACAAAAUUUUUUGUUUUCGAAUAACUUUUUUUAG